AACCUACCAAGACAUUGCAAUGUCGUGAAACCUGUCGCGAUAUUCAGUUAUCCACGUUCUACACUGAACCAGACUCACACCAGUAAAACACUUUGUGCAGGCACGAGACAUGCUCCUCAGAUACGUAUAAAGAAUGACCAUUUAUCGUUGUAAAUACAUUGGCCUCCGCUCAACCGAGAACAGUCGAACAUGCCGUACCACGACUUAUCCUUCGCACAAGGCCUGGUCAAGACGCACAUCCACGACAUGAAAACCCAAGUCAAAAGCUUCUUCAAGCGUAAGCCUCGCCCCCUUAACCUCCCACCCUUCUUGUCACAUUACAAUGACCCGCUUCCCGAUCACUUGAUGGGCUGGUGGACCUGUACCACAUGCCGCGCAUGGAUCUAUCCCAACUACCAUCGCGGUCCCCACCCAUGUGGCUUCUUGCGUUGUCUGAAUCCUCGCUGUAAAACCGUAAUCACGCCCCAAGCAGUCACCUCACCGGCUCUGCACCGCGUCAUCAUCCCAAAUCCAAACGAGGGCUUUGUACCCGUCGACCGCCUCAAUGGCGCACACCUCGAGCAGGUUCCCUACUUCGCUGUCUGUACGUGUGGUCUUACGCAUCGCGCUAGACUGUACAGGCCGAGCUUGACAGAGAAGUGGAGGAACUUUCCGAGCAUCCCAAAGAAUGAACCUGCAGUUAGGAAGUUCAGUAGGUUCGUGAAGCACAAGGCAGGAGAUGUCACGCUCAUCGAAUUCAAGCACAUCCAAUGCAACAAGUGCUACAAGCAUUAUGAUGCGCAUCGCUGGCAGCACUUUGUUAUUCAUCGUGACGCUGUGUUUCAUAUUGAUGGGGAUGAUGAGCAUGGGCGAUGGGCGGAGGUGCGUCACAAGGAGUAGUGGAAGCGACGCAAGUCUGCUGACUACGGCACUGAGUCACGGUUGACGAACAAUGUUACCUCGUCAGCGAAUGCAAUCGGUUCGUCUCAUUCAUGCUUCUUUUCCGAGACGCUACAUGCCUUUCCCUACCAUGCGUCU